UGUUAUUACCGCCGGACAGUGGUAGUUUUCACUUUCAAAACGACGCGGCGGAUUGUCGCUUUGCCAAACUUGCCGAUCGUCCGCAACGAUGACGCUGAAGAUAUUCUAUUUCGCACUGCAUUUAAAUGCAGUAUUUCUCGUCAGCUUUGCUAGGCCUGAUUGCAUUCCUGAAAUUGCCGUCGCCGAUAGCAAAGCUCUGGUUGAGGUCGUCGACGUUGUCAAGAUUUGCCAGGAUGGCCAAUUUGAAUGUCGAAACGGUGAAUGCAUCGAGGAUCUAUUUCUGUGCGACGGAGAAGCCGAUUGUUCAGACCAGAGCGACGAGACUCGGUUCGAAUGCUCAAAGCCAAAAUUCUCAUGUUCGGAUUCGGAAUUUCGCUGCGAUUACGGCGCCUGUGUCAACAAGGAUGCGGUUUGCAAUGGCGUCAAGGAUUGCCUCGACAACAGCGAUGAACUCCUUGCAGAGUGUUCAAAACCUGCGCAGCAACGCGAGUUGUUAAUUCACGUGAGAAUUAAUGACGCGGCAGUGAACGAUUACGUUGAAACGCAUGAAAAUUUGCCUCGCAAAGAAGAAACAAAGCCACGGCAUCGUAAGAUUAUUUACCAAGUCAAGCGUCCAAUAAGAUACGGGAAGCCGGUAUACGCGAACAAAAUCGACAAUCCGGAACCAACGACGUCGGUGAGCGUUUUGCCGCUGGAGCGGUCGAAUUACACGCUCUGUGUUGUGCCGCCGCAGCCUCCAAACGGACAAUGGAGGCUUCACAGUGAUUUCUGCCACGGAAAGAAAGACUGCGAUAUUCCUCAGAAUAUCGCAUUGAAGCCUGGUAGCCGGCUGGUAUAUUGGUGUGACACAGAUUUCGGAAUCAGAGGAGACGCCGACGUUUAUUGUGGAGCCGGAGGAAGUUGGUCAUCAAUUCCCGAGUGCAUCGGACAUGUUUCAGUCACCACAUGCCCACCCUUGAACUCGAUUUCGAGAGCAGCUACUUGUUCUCGUGAUGGGGAGCGCGUCAGCUGCCAGACCUCCAUUUCUCCACGUACAAGGGCGAAGGUUACGUGCCGGGUAAAUUAUGGACUGGAAUCGAACCCAGUGCCGACCGUUAUUGAACAGGAUAUCGAGUGCAACCAGGACGGAAGGUGGGAGCCGGAGCCAAUUACAUGCCGUCCAAUUUGUGGACUGGAGAAUCCUUUCAGUCGGAAGCAGGAGACAGUAAACAAUGUCUCCAUAGAAGCCGGAGGUUUUCCUUGGCACGCCAAUCUCUGGAGGGAAGUAAAUUCUGGAGAGAAAGUCGAUUACGAGUUUCGGUGUAGUGCGACCAUUGUUCGACCCAACUUCGUGCUGACCGCGGCUUAUUGUGUCGUCAGCGACAUAUCGGGGGUCUCCGAAAACCCUGAGCGUCUCCGGGUCACAGCGGGAAAUGUUUAUCGAGAUAUAAAUGAUCUCGAAACUGCUUCAUGGAUCGUUCAAAAGGUGAAAAAUGUGUACAGAAAUUGCGGGAACAUGAGCUUUUUUCUCGACGAUGUCUCGGACAUAGCGCUGAUCGAGUUGUCGGAGCCAUUUCAGUUCUCGACUCAAAUACUUCCCGUUUGUUUGGACGACUCGUGGCGAAGUGAAGCAAUUUUUGAAUCCGGCGGGACAGGAAAGAUCGAUGGAUUCGGUAUAAACUCCGUUACAGCAUCUAGCCCUGUGCUUCAAAUUGCAAACGUCAGUUACGCGUUAAACAACGAGUGUAGAAUGCCGUACAACGACUCUGGAAUUGAAGUGAUAAUCAAGAACGAUGAAUUUUGCGGUGCUUAUUCUAACGAAACGACGGUGUGUGACUGGGAUACGGGGGGUGGACUCGUCGUGCAAAAAAGUGGACUGUGGCAUCUUGUAGGAAUCUAUAGUGCGGGACUUCGCCCAAGUUUGGUGGACGCACCGAGCACAAACUGUGGUGACAAUCCCUACUCGCUGUACACUAAGGUGUCCGCCUACAUACCGUGGAUUCAAGACGUUUUCUUCAAGUUGGAGCGAUACAAAUCUUACCCUGUGUGCAGUUUCUACAUCCCACCGCAGAUCCAGCUGCAGCAAAACAUUAUUAAACCCAUAAGACCAGCCUCAUCACCGUCAAAUGCUGGCAAUCCCAUAAGACCAGCCUCAGCACCGUCAAAUGCUGGCAAUCCCAUAAGACCAGCCUCAUCACUGCGAAAUGCUGGCAAUUCCAUAACAUCAGCCCCAUCAUCGCCAAAUGCUGGCAAUCCCAUAACACCAGUCCCAUUACUGCCAAAUGCUGCCAAUCCCAUAACAUCAGCUCCAUCACCGCCAAAUGCUGCCAAUCCCAUAACACCAGUACCAUCACCACCAAAUGCUGGCAAUCCCAUAACACCAACCCCAUCACUGCCAAAUGCUGGCAAUUCCAUAACACCAUCCCCAUCACUGCCAAAUGCUGGCAAUUCCAUAACACCAACCCCAUCACCACCAAAUGCUGGCAAUCCCAUAACACCAACCCCAUCACUGCCAAAUGCUGGCAAUUCCAUAACACCAACCCCAUCACCACCAAAUGCUGGCAAUCCCAUAACACCAACCCCAUCACUGCCAAAUGCUGCCAAUCCCAUGACACCAACCCCAUCACUGCCAAAUGCUGGCAAUUCCAUAACACCAGCCCCAUCACCCAAUCCCAUAACAUCGGUCAGGCCGUCACCGUCGCCAGCGAAGUCGCCGAUGAUGAUGACGAUGAUGAUGCCAAACCCAGAUUUGGUUAAAACGCAAAUUCCGCAAUAUGCGCAGAGCGUAUCCUGCGCGAUACCACCACAGCCUACCAAUGGGAACUAUAAGUCUCAUUCGUCUCUCUGCGGGGGGAAAACGGAUUGCACUCUUCCCGAGGGUGCUGCACUGAAACCCGGAAGUCAGCUGGUAUACAGUUGCCUACCUGGAUUUCGAAUCAAUGGGAGUGCUGACGUUUUUUGCGGACUGAACGGAAACUGGUCAGCUAUCCCAACCUGCACGGCGAUCACCUGCCCCUCGCUGGAUUCCGCAUCGACGAUAAUGUCUUGCUUUCGGUCGAAUCGUUACAAGCGGUGCAACUCUACUGAGUUACCAGAUACCACGGCUGUACUCCAAUGUCGACCUGCUUAUACCGAGGAUGCGAGUCUUGCCAUGGCUGGUAAUAAACAUGUGAAAUGUAACGCGAACGGCCAGUGGGAGCCCAAACCUAUCUCUUGCCUUCCAAUGUGCGGAAUAACUAACACUCAGUUCACCCCGACCGUGCUGAGAGGACACUCCGCUAAAAUCUCACAAUUCCCCUGGCACGCUACGUUGUACAAGCAAGAGAAGCCGCCCGAUGGUCCCAAGAUGUUUCAAUGUGGUGGAACGAUAAUCCAAAACAACCUCGUCCUUACCGCCGCCCAUUGUGUUUAUGACGAUAAAUUCAAGACGGUUGAAUUACCUGGAAAGUUUUACGUUGUCACUGGAAACGUAUUCCAAGAUUACGAUUCUUCGUUUCACGAUCAACGGGUAGUUCAGAAAGCUAUGGUUAAAAGCAUCCACGUCCCUUGUGAGUAUUUCGGCUUGAACGGUAAUUACAAUUCUGACAUCGCGAUCAUCGAAUUGCGGGGCUCGUUUCAACUCUCCGGAAUCUUAAUCCCAGCCUGCAUGGAUGUAGUCGGUAACAACGAGCAGCUAUUGGAGCCUGGCUCGAUUGCAAAAAUAGCUGGAUUUGGUGGAACAGAAAGUAGCGUGACGAGCGCAAGUCUAUUGACUACGAAUAUCUCCUACGUAUCUUAUAGCGAGUGCAAAAUGGCUGACAGUACCCAGGAAAACGUAGGGCUUAUAUCGAACGACAAGUUCUGCGGCAAAGGCCAAAACGGGGCGGCCGUUUGCCAAGGAGACAGCGGUGGUGGUCUGGUGUUUCAGAGUGAUGGAAGGUGGCACGUCAUGGGAGUUUUGAGCGUCAAUUUGGGGGCGAGCACCUUGAACGGCGAGAAAACCUGCAUCCCUAACUCUUACGCCCUCUACACCAAGGUUCUCACCUACAUGUCGUGGAUUCGGAGCGUGAUGAACAGUCUACAAAAAUUUGAGGCUUACACGUCGUGCGAAUUUGAUACAAACACCAUUACGUGAAUUGACAAAACUUCAGAUCAGACGGUGGAAAAUAUGUGUGAACCGCGAUA